AUGUCUCCUAUACUAGAUAUUCCUUCAUUUUGUGAAACAUUUUUGGAAAGUGGCGUCGAUAUUAAUCAAGGAGAUAAAUUUAAUUUAACUGCUCUUCAUUUUGCAGUCAUAAAUAGGCGUUCUAAUAUUUUAAAAUUAUUGAUUUGUUAUGGCGCGGAUAUAAAUGCGCAAGAUGAUAAUAAGGAAUCUGCUCUUCAUUUUGCAGUGUACAAUAAUAACAUGGAAACCGUUAAGAUUCUUGUUGAAAGCAAGAUAGAUAUAAAUAUCAAGAAUUAUGCUGGAAUGACACCUCUUAUUAUGGCAGCAAAGUACAAUAGCAUUGAAAUAGCCAAAUAUUUAAUUUUGCAAGGAGCAAAUCUAAGCAUUAAAGAUAUUCAUGGGAAAAGCGCAAUUCACUAUGUAGCAAAACUACAUGACAUUUCUUUAAUGCAUAUUUUAAUUUCUAGUGGUGCAGAUGUCAAUGACGAAACCUCUGAGAAAGAAACUCCAUUAAUGAUAGCAACAAGGAAAUGCAACGAAUCAAUGGUUAAAAAUCUUAUAGCUCGUGGUGCAGAUGUGAAUAGACAAGAUCAAAAUGGAAAAACUGCACUUCAUUUAUCAGCUCUUUACGACUCACCUAAAAUAGCUGAAUUUCUCUUAUCAAAUGGAACCAAAAUUGAUACUAAGACAAAUGACGGUUAUACCGCUUUUGAUUAUGCAAAAAAAUUUAAUAAUGAAAUUAUGAAUUUGAUUCAAAAAUAUAUUUCUCAAAAAUAA